AUGAAAGAAGGCCUCCCAUCGUUUGGCAAAGACAUCCACAUGGAUACCGCCAAAGGACUCACCAACAUGGGCGGAUUCCCUGACGUGCGGAUGGCCACCGCCAAGGGCAUGAUGACCUACGGACCAGGCGACAUCACGAUGGACACCGCUCGCGCUGGUACGACAAUGAAGCAAGGCGGCGGCCACGCCUUCCAGCUCUGGGAACGCGAACUCCUCGAUAGCCCCGAAGUCAAAAGAAAAGCCACCGUCGCCCAACUGUAUUUUCUCGAUUACUACUUCCAGACACUAGGCUACCUCGCUGCACGCAAGGAGCGACGCGCCAAGUUCGACCAGGACACUUCGGCACGCGGACUGACGCAGCAGGAGUACGCGAAGGAGUUUAAGUCGUACUGUGGGCGGGAGCGUGUGGUGUUGCGGCGACGACGGACCAAGCUACAACUAGAGCAGUUCCACAUCAUCGCCCAGGUCGGACAAGGAGGAUAUGGCGAGGUCUUUCUGGCCAGGAAGCAAGAGACAGGUGAGGUGUGUGCUUUGAAGAGGAUGAAGAAGCGGACGCUGUUCAAGAUGGAUGAGGUCCGACACGUCCUCGUUGAGCGCGACAUCCUUACAGCAACCAAAACGCCCUGGCUCGUGCGCCUUCUCUACGCCUUCCAAGACAAAGAACACGUCUACCUGGCCAUGGAAUAUGUUCCCGGAGGGGAUUUCCGCACUCUACUCAACAACUCGGGCGUCCUUAAGGAAGAACACGCGCGCUACUACAUCUGCGAGAUGUUUGCCGCCGUGACGGAGUUGCAUAAACUUGGAUAUAUUCACCGAGAUUUGAAACCGGAGAACUUCCUGGUGGACAGUACGGGCCACGUUAAGCUGACAGAUUUUGGUCUCGCCACUGGAGCUCUCAACCCCAAGAGGAUCGAAUCCCUCAAAGUCAAGCUCGACAAAGUCAAAGACAAUCAAGUAGUCCAUCGAUCUACGAUCGAACGACGCUCCAUAUACCGUUCGAUCCGAAACGAAGAUCCCAGGUACGCCGACUCAAUCGUCGGGUCCCCCGAUUAUAUGGCUCCUGAAGUCCUUCGCGGGAAGCCUUACACAUAUUCCGUCGACUACUGGUCCCUUGGUUGCAUCCUCUUCGAAUUCUUAGCAGGCUUCCCGCCUUUCAGCGGCUCCACGCCUGAAGAGACGUGGACGAAUCUGAAGAACUGGUCCAAAGUUUUGCAGCGGCCGGUUUACGACCGACCCGAGGAUUUGAUUUUCAAUUUAAGCGAUAUCGCUUGGGAUGCUAUUACUAGGCUAAUCGCCCACUCAACAACGCGCUACUCGACGCUCGACCAAGUGACCGCGCACCCAUUCUUUGAGCCCGCACCAUGGGACGAUCUUCGUGCUUCACGCGCACCAUUCGUGCCUGCCUUGGAUUCCGAGAUCGACACAGGAUAUUACGACGAUUUCACGUCGUUGGAGGACAUGGCGAAAUAUGCCGAGGUGAAGGAGAAGCAGAAGAAUGUGGAGGCAGUAAAGGAGAAAGAUGGCGGGGCAGGUGGGAGAGGCGUGUGGGUUGGGUUUACGUUUGGGAAGAAUGGGAUGGGAGUGGGGGCGCGUGGAUUGGGGGCUGGAGAAGGGGAUGGGGAGGGCGUGUUGGCGACUAUAUUUUAA